GGGAUAUCAUACAGGUUUAAAACCAAAACAAGCUUACAGACCAUGGCUGUUUUUUAUAAGUCUCAGUUUGAAUAGAUGGUACACACGCAUAAUACGGUAAGCUCUGACUAUGAAACAGCAUCACUCGCACAAAAGGAAUCCACCAGCAAAUGAGUUUUGGCGAGUACGUGUGAGUGGAGCAGAGAGAUAAACAGCAGAAGUUUUAGUAGGCAGGGGAAAAGAUGCGAUUGCGCACGACUCAGUAGUGGUUGGAGUUUGUUGGAGGGCAGAUCCAUCUAUAUCCCUCUUAGCUCAUGCCGGGUUGCCGCCAGUAGGUGCCAAAUAUGGAAAGGCGAUUGUCGGUUGUCGAUGAAAUACUGUAGUUUUCGCAAACCUCAGUCGAAAAAUAAAGAUCUCUUGGUUGCUUGAUGCCAAAACUGCGAUACAAAGAUCAUCCGGAAUCCGAGGACAAAAAACACAAGCGAAAAAAGAAAAAGCACAGAAAAAGAGAAAGAUCGCGGUCACCAUCACCACGAAGGCAGAAAAGAAAGCACCGGUACUAUGAACCACCGAAACUAUACGAAGAGGAAUCGGGCUGGGUGCCUCCGCAACACAACACUCAGCAUGACGAAGAAGCCGAAUGGCGCGAACGAUUGUUUUCAGCCAUGGCAGACGAUGAAGGGCAAGAUCCCUUUUACUCGCAAUACGAAAAUUACGGUACUGGUGGUAGCAGUGGAGCCGGUGGUGACGGACGAUCUAGAAUAGACACCAUGAACGAUGAAGAGUAUCGAGACUACAUUGCAACACAAAUGUAUCGUAAAAAGAAUGCCGAAGCGAUAGCAUGGGAGAAGGCAAUAGCAGCAGAGGCAAAACGAAAGGAAAAGAAACGAAAAGAAGCUCAGGCACGCGCACGAGAAGAAGAGGCUCGCAUACAAAAAGAACGGGAACGGCAGGAAACCAUUAUGCGUCAACUCAAAAUCCAAGAGAGCCGAUCAAAGUACGAGGAGCAGUGGAAGCACAUGGAAAUGUCCACAGUCAUAUCAAAAAAAGAUAUUCCUUGGCCAAUAGCCCCUGGAGCAUCUUUCUCGGCCCAGAGCGUCAAAGAGUUUUUGGUCCUGGCAGCCUCAUCAUUGGAGAGCAACAAGAAGAACGUCCGCAAGGAACAGCUACGCUACCAUCCAGACAAGUUUAUACACCGGGUAUUGCGCAAGUUUGAAGGAACGGAGAGAGAAAAGAAGCGUUUAAGUAUCAAAACAAACGAGAUUUCUGGUUGGUUGAAUGAGUUGUGGCAAGAACUGAAUAACGGGUCGUCGUGAUCAUGUGGAUGAGAAAGCAACACGCACAACUGAAUGAGGAAACACUCCGUGGAUCACAUCAGUAUAUAUCCGGGAAUCAUACUUUACUCGUAAGCACAAGGCGAUGAUGAAUAAUCACCAGAGCAUAUAGCUUCAAAACUUUAGCUGUACAUAUAGUGCGCUGUGGACGUUGUAUUUAGGAACUUGCUGGCUGAUAUUGUACAUGGUCAAUGAAUGGAAACAUGUUUUUUUUCAUAUUUUAUAAAGAGAAUAAUUUAUGUGAUGAACUAAGGCGCGCGUUUGCACAGUGAUAUGCUCAUUCAAUAAGGUAGUGUCAUCCAUAUGGGAUCAUCUACCUGUUUACGCGAGUUAUUUG